CACCGCCGGGACCGCGGCUGGGGGACACCGGGCGAGGCGGCCCCGCGACCCCGGUGAGUCAGAGACAAAGGAGAAAAACCCUCCGUGGGCUGCGAUUCGCCCCGCGCCGCGAACCCCGACGUCACGGGCUAUAGAUGGAGCUCGGGAGCCCGGCGCAGCCCCCCGAGCUGCGGGAUGGUGGCGGCGGGGGGGGACGCGGCGGCGGCGGCGCUGGCGAUGGCUCAGAGCGCGGGGCUCGGUAACGGGAGCGGGGCCUGAGCCGCGCGGGGCCGAGGCAGCGCGGAUCCCCCUCUGCGACCCCCGCCCCGCAUCGCCUCCGAGCGCGCCGAGCCACCAUGAAAAAAAACAAUUCUGCGAAAAGGGGGCACCAGGAUGGAAACCAGCAACCUGUGCAGCCGGAGAAGGUCGGCUGGGUGCGGAAAUUCUGCGGGAAAGGCAUUUUUAGGGAAAUCUGGAAAAACCGUUAUGUGGUUCUGAAGGGAGAUCAGCUUUACAUCUCGGAGAAGGAGGUAAAAGAUGAAAAAAACACACAGGAAAUGUUUGACCUGAGUGACUAUGAAAAAUGUGAAGAGCUCAGGAAGUCCAAAAGUAGAAGCAAAAAGAACCACAGCAAAUUUACUCUCGCCCACUCCAGGCAGCCUGGAAACACGGCACCAAACCUGAUCUUCCUGGCUGUAAGUCCAGAAGAGAAAGAAUCAUGGAUUAAUGCCCUCAACUCUGCGAUCACACGUGCUAAGAACCGGAUCUUGGAUGAGGUCACCGUGGAAGAGGACAGCUUCCUUGCCCACCCGACGCGGGACAGAGCCAAGAUCCAGCACUCCCGGCGCCCUCCUACACGGGGCCACCUCAUGGCUGUGGCAUCUACCUCAACCUCCGACGGAAUGCUGACGCUCGACCUGAUCCAGGAGGAAGACGCCUCUCCAGAGGAUCACGGCACCUGCGAGGAGAGUUUCCGGGUGGACCUGGACAAGUCUGUGGCACACCUGACCGCCGGGCGGCGCCGCUCGGACUCGGAGAGCACCAAGGCACCGGAGAAAGGGCGGACGGGGAGCCUCCCGCUGCAGGAGGUGACCUCGUGGGACAGGGCUGGCCAUUGCCAUGACUCCUUUGACAAAGGGACCAUGUACACACCGCAGGUCCCCAAAAAGCUCUCGCACUCAGAAAAGAAUAAAUGUGCCUCCAUGGAAGAAAUUCUGUCGCGACGGGACUCUUCCACGCACCGGGCGGUGCUGAGGAAGGGGCUGGAGGCGCAGUUUGCCUCGGCAGAGCCGGAGCAGCUGUCCCGGAUACAGGAACUGGUUGCACUGAAACUGGAAAAAACUCAGGAACUGCUGACAGAGGUGAAGGGCUAUGGGGAAGGCAAGAGAAAGACCAAGGACUCCAACACCAGCACCACCAUCACCACCACCUCUUCUUCCUCGUCAUCUUCCAAGUCGGACUCUGAAAGGAUCCUGCAGGAAUCUGAAAGGCUGCUGGGGGAGGCUUCCUCCACCUGGAGCCAAGCCAAGAGGGUGCUGCAGGAGAUCAAAGAGCUGAGGGACCUGUACAAACAGUUUGAGCUGCAGCAGUCAGACUCGAAGCCCAAACAGAGCUCACAGUCGCAGUUUAGGAAGAGCAUGAUGUGAAGUGUUCAAAAGAGUGAAAAGGUGCCUGUUCUCACCCAAAUUUGCUUCUCAAAGCUUGGACCCUUCCUUUCCUCCAUCACAUCCCCUGAUGAACCAACCCAGUGUUCCAAUAAAUCAGUUGCAGUUUAUACCUCCUUUGUAAGAGCUCCCUUUGCACUGCAGGCCCCAGCUCCUGUCAUGAUGCAAGGACAGGAGCCAGCACGGCUUCUCGGGAACUGCCCACGUCUGCCUGGAGCAUCCCAUGGGGUGGAGCUGGAUGAGCCCUGGCAUUGCUGCUCUCGUGUCUGGGCUGUGCCCCAAACUACAUCUCUCUCACCAGGACACUUGCCCUGCUCCCUCUCAGAAAUAAAUGACAUUAAAAGGUCAGGAAAGGUGUCCAUCCCCAGCACUGCCUGCAAGUCCCCAUUAUCCAGGAAUCCUGGAUCCUGAGUAUGGAAAUUAAUGGAAUUAUCCAUUAUCCUGAGUAUGUGGGAAGUCCAGGCUGGUCUCCAGCAUUGCACAGGCCAUUGAGGCAAUUGCUGGGUGCAGCUCACAGAGCUCUGUCCUGGCACAGUCCCCUAGAGAACUUGGGGCUGGCAGCUGUUAUUUUGGGGAGCACACAGAGCCCUCUGGAAGGGCAGCAGUGACACAUUCCAUAUCCACCCUGAUCCCGUCGGGCCAGGAAUGCUUCACAGACCCCCUUGGCCCCGAGCAGUGGGAGGUUGCAGUCAUGUGUCUUCCCUUCUGUGCAACCAGAGGAUCAAAGCCUUGGAUUUGACAGCCCACACAGGCAGUUGGGGGAGUUUGGGCUUUUCCAUUCUCAUUUCUCUCUUUUCUUUUUACCUUUUCUUUGAGCUGAAAAAUCAGGGGGUGUGUGCGGGAGGCAGACACCACAAGCCACCGGCAGUUUUGGUAGGUUUGCCUUGCUCUCUCAGGUGUCACAGUCAGACAGCAGCAGGCUCUGCUUGCACUGCCCAAGAUCUGAAUCAGCCUCGCUGGAAUGAAAGCUGAGCCCGGAGCAGAGCUCAGAUCCUCAGCUCACGGGCUGGCUCAGCUUUCGCAGCCACGAGCAGGACGUUGCUGUGUCUCACUCGUGGUAACAUCCAACUGUUCCUUGUUUUUUAAAAGGAAACUGAAUUCCCUUACCUACAUGGCAAAUAUGAAACCCACAGAGAUAC